ACGGUCCCGGACUCUCAGGUUCAGCGCGUGGCUUAAUUAGGGCAUCCCGGAAGGAGCCGGCGCUGCGCGCGGCUGAGUGACGGGCUCGGGAGGCAGGACGGGACCGAGCGGCCACGGCCACGGCACAGCCACGGACACGUCCCGGGAUAUUGACAGAAACACCGUGACAGACAGUGGCCGCGGACCCCCGAACGUUGGCUUCGUCAUCAUGGACGCUCUGAUGCAGCGACUGGAGCGGGCCGUGACCCGCCUGGAGCACGUGUCCGCCACCAUGCAGGCGUCCGGCGCUGUGGCCAACGGCAUCGACGGAGGUUCGACGGAGGGCGUGGACGCCUUCAACGCGCUGCUGAGCGGCCCAGUGUCCGACUUCCUGAACCACAGCCGAGCUAUUGGAAGCGAGGUGGAGAAACACGCGGAGAUGGUAAUCAACGCCCUGCAGACUCUGAGAACCUUCCUUAAACUAGCUGCCACGCACCAGGAACCUGCACAGACGGAGCUCCACGACCUGCUGAAGCCGAUAUCGGAUCACAUCCAGGAGAUCCAGACCUUCAGGGAGCGGAACCGCGGCAGCGGCUUCUUCAACCACCUCUCAGCCGUCAGCGAGAGCAUCCCGGCUUUAGGCUGGGUCGCUGUGGCCCAGAAACCGGGUCCCUACGUGAAGGAGAUGAACGACGCUGCCACCUUCUACACCAACAGAGUCCUGAAGGACUACAAGGAAACUGACAGGCGUCACGUGGACUGGGUCCGCUCCUACCUCUCGAUCUGGACCGGGAUGCAGUCAUUCAUCAAACAGCAUCACACCACUGGCCUGGUGUGGAGCAAAUGCGGCCCCAUCGCUCCCCCGUCUCUCUUUGACCCCCCCACCGCCCCCAGUGCUCCCAAUCCCCCACCUCCGCCGCCACCUGGCCCACCACCCGUCUUCACAGACGAUGACAGCCAGCCCCAAGCAGGCGGUGUGGGAGCUCAGCACUCUGCACUGUUCGCUCAGCUAAACCAGGGCAUGGACAUCACCAAAGGGCUGAAGCAUGUUUCAGAGGAUAAAAAGACCCACAAGAACCCAAAUCUGCGGACUCAGGCAGCCCCGACCAAAACCAAGUCCCCAGGGGCUGUGAACUCCCCUAAAGCAGCCAUCCAGAGAAGUCCCCCCCUGCUGGAGCUGGAGGGGAAGAAAUGGAGGGUGGAAAACUUUGAGCAGAAACACGACCUGAUCAUCGAGGAGACGGAGCUGAAGCAGGUGGUCUAUGUCUUCAGCUGCAGCAACUCCACGCUGCAGGUUAAAGGCAAAAUUAACUCUAUCAUCAUAGACAACUGCAAGAAGCUGGGUCUGGUUUUUGAGAACGUGGUCGGGAUCGUGGAGAUCAUCAACUCCAAGGCAAUUCAGUUACAGGCGUUGGGUACAGUUCCCACUAUUUCCAUUAACAAGACAGACGGGUGCCAGGUCUACCUGAGUAAAGACUCCAUCAGCUGUGACGUUGUCAGUGCCAAGAGUUCUGAGAUGAACAUCAUGAUCCCUGAAGGAGACGACGACUAUAGGGAGUUUCCAGUCCCUGAGCAGUUCAAGACCAUUUGGGACGGCUCCAAACUAGUUACAGAACCCACUGAGAUUGCCGGCUGAUGGAUUCUUUAUCAUCGCAAACAAAACAGCUACCGUCAUCAUCGUAUCCAAUUUGAACCUCUUCUAUUGUGUAUAAUACACAAUACUCUUGUAGCACUGUUUUACUGAUGUUUACACAACAGUAUUUUUUGCAUUCAGGCUAGGUGUUGGUGUUCCUCAGACAUAAUUACCACAGCAAUGUAGAAUAUUCACGAGAAAUGAAAUCCACAUAAAUACUUGGCUACUAAUUUCAGUUUAAUAAAUUCAUUAAAUAGUGACGCGGUAGUUGUGAUAACCUCACACUUGAGCACUUCCUACUCCCUCUCUGGCUUUGUACACCAGUGUAUUUUGUACGUAGACGUAGAAGAUGGCACCAGCAUUUAAAACACCAGUAAUGCUCCCUGAAACCAUUUACAUGAAAACAAUGUGGUGUAAUUGUGUAUCGUUUUAUAAACCAAAUCAAAAUC